AUGACUCAGUCUUCCGCAAAAGCCACAAAGCAAGACGUGAUGCCCCCCGACAGAUCCAGUAUAGGACCAGGUAUCGUGGAGCAUGUAUGCACACUUAACAAAGAGGAUGAAGACGACGCUAUCCUUCGGGCAAAUGGCCAUGAAGCUGCUAUGCCCCGCCAGUUCAAUUGGAUAUCCGCUCUUGGCCUUGGGUUUUCCAUCACCAAUUCUUGGAUUGGGUAUUUGAGCUGUUUCGGGCAAGGAUUAAGAUACGGCGGUCCGCAGACGUGUGUUUUCAGCCUACUAGUCGCGUUUUUCGCCCAAUUAUUCGUAGCUGUUGGACUGGCGGAGCUAGCCUCGGCAUAUCCGUCCAGUGGGGGACAGUAUCAUUUUUGCUAUAUCCUUAGCCCUGCAAAGGCAAGAAACUACAGUGCUUAUGUUGUCGGCUGGAUAUCAAUGCUUGCUUGGUGGAUUGUGACAUGCUCUGGUGUGUCGCUUGCGGCGCAGGUCCUCAACGGAAUCGUCCUAUUCUGCUACCCAGAUUAUGCAGGAAAUCAGUGGCAGACAUAUUGCAUCUACGUGGCUGUCUCUUUCGUGACCAUGAUUCCGGUUUUUUUCUCAACAAAGAUGUAUGCUUUAUCGCAGGCAUCUCUAUAUCUAUCACUUGCUGGGUAUUUGAUAUUGUUUAUUAUCGCUCUUGUUAUGCACAAGAGUCGAAUGCCGACCUCCUUCUUGACACAGCCUGGACUGGGAAACAGCGGCUGGAAUGAUGGUACAGCAUGGUUGCUUAGUAUCAGCAACGCAAUGUACGCCUAUGGUGGGAUUGACGGAGGUAUGUUCCCUUUUGAAGAAACCCUACUUUUAUUGAAGGAUACUACUAGUAACACAACUCUCCGCGAAGUUAUACAUAUCUCUGAGGAGAUGCCAAGACCCGGAAAGAAUAUUCCUCGGGUUAUUAUGUUGACGAUGUCCAUUGGACUAUUCACUGCCUUUUCACUUCUUACCGUUCUCAUGCUCUUUCAAAUCGACAUGGAUGCAGUGCGUUCGGCCGCACUUCCCAGCCUUGAACUAAUCUAUCAAGUGUGA